UACACUUUGCGCACUUUAACUCGGCAGUGAAGCGUUUACAGCAGGCAUUAUAAUUUUUCAGUUUUCAAAUUGACCUAAACGAUAACUGCAGAAACAAUGCAAUACGAGAAUGAGAACGAGGUGUUGGCAGACAAGUCAAGAUGCGCCGGAGCCCGAGCAGACCUGAAAAUGUGCCUUCUAGAAAGUGACUGCUGUAAAAUUCACAAACGCACUCCCAAGGAAUGCCUAAGAACAAAUGAUGCGACUGUCCCCGAUAAAUGUCAGGCCCUAAGAAUAACUUUCUUCGAAUGUAAACGCUCGCUUCUAGACGGUAGACGUCGAUUCCGGGGACCAAAAGGAUACUAGCAUCUACAACAGCAAGCAAUUCUUGUGGUUAUUUCAAUUUUUUAUGGUUACAGUAAAGCCUGUAUUUUUCCAAACAUGUGUUCUGUCGACUUCGAAAUAUUAUUCCUCUGCUUUUGACAACUCUGGAAAUUUGUACAAUGUAUCACUCCUAUGGAACUAGUGUAUUCAUUCAUUUCUUCAACACAU